GCGCUAGACGAUCCCACGCUGGGAUUAUGCAACCGUGGCCGUAAUAGUGCCUCUCGUAUUGACAUAGUGAGCUAACAUUUCGCGCCAAUGACUAAGUAAACUAUGGCGUUAGCGAACUUUACCCUGGCGAACGCCGCAACGCCGAAUCUCCCGCCAGUGUCCCCAGCCCCCGUUCAUGUUCAGUUAGACGAUCUUCUUUACUCGCCUGAACAACAACAGGAAUUCGCUCAGCUGUCUGGAAAUGAACCUUUUCAGUCUCCGAAUCAACCGCAAAGAAGGUCAAAGCUCCGGAAGCGAGCAGGAGCCGCCUACUUGCCUCCACCGAAUCAAUACACCCAAUAUCCGCGACACGACGACGUCCCACAUAACCCCUACAACGUACCUUUACAUACACAAAUUUAUCAGCAACAACACCCAAGACUUGAUGUUCAGAUAGAGAAUCAACGAGUGCAAGAAGUCAAUCCACAAUAUGAUAACACAGGACAAUAUGUGCACGAUCCAACCGGUGAUUACGAUUACGAACAAAGAAGAACAGAGCAAACUGGUAGACGUCCACCAUAUAACCCAGGAUUCGCGGAUCCCCCAUAUGGUCCUGCGACAACUCCGCAAUCGUCUAGUCGAAGGUUCGAUAGUAACUUGAACCAUAAUAUUAAUAAUUUUAAUUUUGGGCCUUCAACGACUCCUGCACCUUUACCGUCUAGACCUUAUUCUGAGGCGGGAACGAAGAUUGCAGGCAGCCCUGGUGGGGGUAGUAAUCAGCAACCAUCCGAUCGUCCUCGGGGAUUCACGAAAGUAGAAACAGCCAGCUCUGGAGGGAAAACACAACUUCACGCUGUCCUUGAUUACGAUGAUGACUACUACGACGAUGUUCCUGGGCCAGGCUCCGGGCCAGCGGUGACGCCGCUGCAGGGCCCGAUACUCCUGCGCAACGGCACGGUGCCCGUCGUACCCCUCACUUCCUACCCCACCGUCAACAAUGGGUCUUUCUACCAAAUACCAAUCCUAUGGACAGCACUCUCUCUGGCGCUAGGUUACGAGCUUCAAGGUCAAAUUGUCAGAGGCGUGCCAUGUGUUAAGCGGAAUUAUCAACUUUAUUGUCCAACCGCUGGGAACACUUAUCCCUUAGAUAAAAUCGAGAAUUUCAUAGACGAAAACAAGGCUUUGAUAAAGCGGAUGUACGGUUCUUUCACGGUACCUGGUGGGAACAGAGUGCGGCGAGCGCCAGGGGUGCCUGACGUGCACUCGGGCGAUUCUUACUUCCGCCAUGUUCGACAAGCGUCUAAUACCAAUCUACCUAAUCCACAGAAUGUUAAUAGUACUGGCAGGGUGGACGCAUGUGAAAGUAAGACAGAGAUCAUGACACCGUAUUGGGCACUGAACUCGGCGAUGAAACUCCGGGCCAUAGUGAACACUAUGCAUUUUGAGCAGGCCAUUCAUCAAGAAGUAUGCAGUACAAAAUCUACGUCAAGAUGUUCCGGGGACUGCGGCUGUGAACAAAAAUACAAGUGGCACCGGUUACUGGCGUAUGAUCCAAGUGAUGAUUGCGCUGGAAUCUUCAUGGACUGGUUUCUGUUCCCCUCAUGCUGUGUCUGUCGAUGUAACCCUUAACUUAAAAAAGUUUUUGAUAUCAUUUCACGAACGGCCACAAGGUCUUGCAUAAAUUGUCACAUUUUGAUUUUUAUGAAACAUUAUGGAGACGAGAGAGGUUCUAUUUCAAAUGGGAAUUUUCAUAUUUUAUGUAGGUGUCCAUAAACGUAUGGCCUUCAAUACUUAUAGAAGACAAUUCAUGCAGGUAAAACUUUGUUUGGUGUCGUACUGUCAUUGAAUAUUUUCAUAAUAGAUACCAACUUUCAUUAGAGCUGUUUUUCGCCUAUGAAAGAAAAUUCAUGGGUGAGAAUUUCAAUACAAUUAACAAUGACAAACCAUCGCUUUUAAUUGUAGGUUAUUUGUAAAUUACCUUGACAUAUUUUUUAAAUUUCGAUAAAUUCUUUAGUUACCUAGCUUUUUCCUGCUUUACAUAUAAGUAUACAUAUUUCUGUUGGUAUAUUUUUAGUAAAUUAUAACAUGGAUAUUAGAGAUACAAUUAUAACAAUACACUGCCAUUGUACAGUUAGAUUAUUAGUUUUAAAAAUUGUAUUUUCAUAGCUUUACCUAAUCUUAAAUUAACAAACCACGUUAAUCUAAUUUAGUACUUAUUGUAUUUUAUUUUACAGAAUCGUUUUAAAUGUUGUACUACUUUAUAUUAUACAGAUUUUGUACAGUCAAUUUACAAAGAGGAUAAAUUUAUCUUUGCUUAGCAAACAAAAUUCAAAUCGAAAGUCGUUGUUGUUUACUUUUGGACAUUUCUAUUUAAGAGCCAACCUAUUUAAAAGCCAGGCUCUUGCCGACGUAGCCUCCACCACUCAAUCGUGCUACAUGUUCGGAAAAUAUUGUGCAGUGGUUUCCCGCUUGCCUUUUGCACCGGGAUUCAUCGGCUGAUCGGUCGCCCCCUGAUAUGCGGUCAGAAGUUGUUUCUAAAAAUCUUUCAACCGCCUUCUGCCGGUACUAGCACAAGAAAGUUUUUAAAAUGGCGGCUUUUACUCGCCAUGUCACAGUCGUUGUCAUAGCUAGAACUUUUUGUAGUAUUAUAUUUGGCAAACUCAUUCUACUGGGUUCCCCAUUACGUCCUGAUAACGCUGCAGCUUUUCAAUUGUGGAUACAGACAAGAGAUAUACGUCUGUGGUUGUGGACUACUUAUUCACUUUACGCAGCUAACCACCAUAUCUGGUGGCCGUUCACUAUCCACAGCCUGUGACCCCUUUCGUAGCCUACAGCUCGGCCCCAAUUCACGUAAAAAUGAAUGUCAAUCAAAAUAAUAUAACCAACAUUAUGCAAUUUAAUAAAUAGAACACAUAUUACUAAUAAUAGCUUAAAAUAUCUUGUAAUAUACAAUGAUAUUUCUAGUUUUUUCACCCUCC